CAAUGUUGCAAGUAUCAUUACGUCACUCUGGUAAACACGGUAGUUGCUUUUGGGCAACAUGAGUUUCUUUAAAACUUUUGUAGUUGUACAUGUAUCUAGUUGAUACAAAUGAACAGGCGAGAUGAUUGUUAACUUCUUAAAAGAAAUUCGACGUGUAUUUUUACCUUUGCAUUCACAUAAGCAUCUGACAUUAAAUGUGUUAGCUUGUCAAACGCCUUCACCGAAGACGCCUUUGAUCAGACAUGCGCGGAGCAGCACCGCAUCUCCCAGCAUCAGUAAACUGGUCAGAAAUGGCGAGGGGAAGAAAUCCGUGAUUUGGUUGGAGGGAAAUAUUGCAAGUGGAAAGACAACAUGUCUGGAGUACUUCGGCAAAACCAGUGACAUUGAGGUGUUGACAGAGCCUGUGUCUCAAUGGAGGAACGUGCAUGGAUGUAAUCCAUUGGCAUUAAUGUACCAAGACCCAAGCAGAUGGGGUCUCACCCUUCAGACAUAUGUCCAACUGACCAUGCUGGAUCGACAUGUCUCACCAAUGUCGGCACCAAUCAGAAUGUUGGAAAGGUCGAUCUACAGUGCAAAGUACAUUUUUGUGGAAAAUCUUUAUAAAAGUGGAAAGAUGCCAGAGGUGGACUUUGCUGUUUUAAGUGAAUGGUUUGAUUGGAUCAUAAAGAACAUAGAUAUACCUGUGGACCUUAUAGUUUACCUGCAGACGUCUCCACAGACCUGCUACGAGAGGCUUAAACAGAGGUGCAGAGAGGAGGAGAAGGUUAUUCCAAUGGAAUACUUAGAAUCAAUUCAUAACUUGUAUGAAGACUGGCUUAUUCACCAGAAGUCCUUCAAAGUCCCUGCUCCAGUUCUUGUAAUUCCAGCAGAUCAUGAUCUCAAGAAGAUGCUGCAUCAGUUUGAGGAGAACAGAGAGAAGAUAUUAAUGGCACAAUGCUCUUGACCAAGUCCCCUGAGUAAGACAACAAUGGAUAUUUAAAUCUAAAAAUACUUUACCCCACAUAAACAUUCCUUUUACCUUGAAACUUAAUUUACACAGUAUUGGAUUUGUCAAUAAUAGUUAAGUUGUCUUAUUCAAAUAUGGAUUUUUAAAGUUGUUCUGUAUUGUACAUAUGUAUUCAUUCAUGGACCUUGUUAACAUGGUUUAAACAAAAGGAGACCUUUUGUAAGAUGCUUUUAUUUUGCUUUCAUUCUGAAAGUAUCUGCAGGUACUACAAACAUAGUGAGCACUGAGAUCUUAUUAGUUACUGGAGAUGUUACUGACCAAUGUAAUUUAUAUGAAUAUUUUGUUAAGUUUUAAUAAAGUAUAAAAUGUUUUUAAA